ACUUCGUUCCAAAACAAAGCAUAUAUACAAAUUUAUACACAUAAUAUGUGUAUUGUUUACAAUCUAUAAACAAAACUUACAAGUCCCUGACAACACAUACACAUCCCCAUGGGCUACCGGGACAGCGAUGAUUUUCCCCUUAGACAUAUUCAGGAAAAAACUUCAUGUACAAGAAGAAAUGGUGUCUGCAAGCUUUGUGGAAAUAAGGUUUCUUUAGAAUCUUGCGCUUUUUACUGUCGUACAUGUAGGUCUCAUUACCACAAGGAUUGUCUCACAAUAACUUACCCGAAGAUUCAUGAGCAUACACUCACCUUCAUUCAUAGAUAUAAUGCCUUCACUUGUGGGGAGGUCUAUGAGAGGGACGUAAAUAUGUUCGCAUGUUUGCAAUGCGAUUUCUUUGUCCAUAGAAAAUGUAUUUUCUUACCAAAGGUUAUAAAAAUCACACGUCACUCGCAUUAUCUUUCACACACUUUUUGUAUCCCUGAUGGAGACUUGGAAUGUAGAAUUUGUUGGAGUAUGUACCACAAGCUAAAAAUUGGUUAUGGAGGAUAUAUUUGUAUUGACAAGGCAUGUGGUUACGUUGCCCAUCCAAGAUGUGCAACGGAAGAUGAAGUGUGGGAUGGCAGAGAUGUAGAAGGAGGAGCUGAAGAAGAGAGUAAUUUUGAAGUUGAUCUUGCGCCGUUGGUGGAGAUGGAUGGUGGAUCCAUACGACAUUUUAGCCAUGACCAUGACCUUAUGAGGUUUGAUGUGAACUGCGAAGAAGAAAGUGGACAGGUCUGUCAAGCCUGCAUCCUUCCAAUUGAUUUUGGUAAUUUAUUGAGGUGCAAGCGAUGUGACUUUGCUCUCCACGACGCAUGUGCAAGUCUUCCUCGGAAGUUGGAACACGCGUUACAUCGUCAUCCGCUAACCUUACAGAUCGAAAUGAAGAACACGGAAGAUGGAUUCUUCAUUUGCUCUGCUUGUCGCCAAGAAUCUUGCGGAUUCAUGUACAAGUGUUGCCAAGAAGAUUGUGGGUUCAAAAUAGAUGUAAAGUGUGCUUCCUUUGUCUGGCCAUUCAACCAUAUAGCCCACCCUGCACAUCCUCUCUUUCUUAAACUAGUUAAUCACGAAUAUAACUGUGAGGGUUGCAAUCAGCGUUCAGCCAUUGUGGCACAUUGUAGCACGUGCUAAUUCCCUAUGGAGUUCAAGUGCUUGACUUUGCCAAGAUUGGUAAAAUACAAGCACGACGUUCAUCCACUCACAUUAUAUUGUGAUAAAGGCUUCACAAUGGGAUUUGCGAGGCCACCAAAUUGGUGAUGUGAGGUAUGCGAAGAAGAAAUAAAUGUAAACAAGUUGUUCUACAUCUGCCAUGAUUGCAAUACCACUUUACAUAUUGAGUGCCUAAUGGGGAACUAUCCGUAUUUGAAGCAUGGUCAUAGGAUCAAAGUGAAUGGUCUCAAGUUAGAGAUUGCUUCAAACAAUGGUGUUUCUCGACCGAUUUGCUAUACAUGUCACCGUAUAUGCAAAGACAAACUGGUUUUCAUCAAUGGGAAAGAUGUAUGUUUCUGCUCUAUAGACUGUGUUCAUUCUUCUACCAAAGAUGUUGUAUAUCUUACUUUUGAGUAAAUGAUGUUGUACUAAAAUGCAAUAGCCAAUAAUAUAUUAAUAUAUGCAUGUUGUUGUUAUGUGAAUGUAAAUAAAUAAUGUAGUUCACAGUCUCAUACGUGGAUAAUCUAAAUACCAAGUCUACGCCUAAA